CGGCUUACCCAUUUUUCUAAACAUAUCAAAAUUUUUUUCUCAUUUUUCGGUUAAUUAUUACUAUUUGGCUUCUGCCAGAAAUUUUUUGAGAAACCCACACCAAAACCAUCCUCAACUUUUGGCUGGUUGCCUCACGGCGCCGUCCGCCUGAAUCCGCCUGAAUCCAUUUUACACAGAAAGAGAAUGGUGGUUCGUCUGCGGCUGUCGAGAUUGGGAUGCAAGAACAAGCCUUUCUACCGAGUUAUGGCGGCGGAUAGCAGGUCACCGAGGGACGGGAAGCAUUUGGAAGUCUUGGGCUACUAUAACCCCCUCCCUGGUCAAGAUGGUGGUAAAAGAAUGGGUAUCAAUUUUGACAGAGUAAAGUAUUGGCUCUCGGUUGGUGCACAGCCCUCGGAGCCUGUCCAGCGCCUUUUGUUCCGAGCUGGCUUGUUGCCCCCGCCUCCGAUGCUUGCCAUGGGACGAAAGGGGGGCCCACGUGACACGCGCCCUGUUGACCCAAUGACUGGACGUGUUAUGACUGAAGGAAAACGAGAUAAUGCUGCAUCUAAAGAGGACCCUGAAGUAGAUGAAGUCGACACGGAUGAUGAAGGCGAGAAAGGUCAGGGGCUGAUCAACUACGAUCUGUCGUUCAAGAUCUUGCUCGUCGGAGAUUCAGCCGUUGGUAAGAGCAGUUUGCUCGUCAGCUUCAUUUCUAACGCCGUUGAAGAUCUUUCGCCUACCAUAGGUGUGGAUUUUAAAAUCAAGUUUCUCACUGUUGGUGAGAAAAAAUUGAAGCUAACAAUUUGGGACACAGCUGGACAAGAGAGGUUCAGGACAUUGACAAGCUCAUACUACAGAGGUGCACAAGGGAUCAUCCUUGUUUAUGAUGUAACAAGGAGAGAUACAUUUACGAACUUAUCUGAUGUGUGGGCGAAAGAAUUGGAACUCUACUCCACUCAUGAAGAUUGCGUCAAGAUGCUUGUCGGGAACAAAGUUGAUAGAGAAUCUGAACGAGUUGUGAGUAGGGAAGAAGGGAUAGCUCUAGCAAAUGAGCUCGGAUGUCUAUUUCUCGAGUGUAGUGCUAAAACUCGAGAAAAUGUUGAACGGUGUUUUGAAGAGCUAACACUAAAGAUUAUGGAGGUACCCAGACUUCUCGAAGAAGGGUCAAAUGUGAAGAGAAAUAUCUUAAAACAGAAACAGGAGUAUCAGGCGCCCCAAGAUGGUGGUUGUUGCUCGUAAAAUGUUUCGAUAAUAGCUCGACUGUCAAGCGUUACCCAAUAUCUUUUUUUUUUUAUUUUUAUUUUUAUUUUUUUUUAUCAUUAUAUGGUAAAGAUGUGUAUAAAUG